AUGGCAGCAGGAGUAGCGGCGUGGCUGCCCUUCGCCAGGGCGGCUGCCAUAGGAUGGAUGCCAGUGGCCAACUGCCCCAUGCCACUGGCUCCGACGGAGAAAAACAAGAGGCAGGAUGAGCUGAUCAUCCUCAACGUGAGUGGCAGGCGUUUCCAGACCUGGAGGACUACACUGGAGAGGUACCCGGACACUCUCCUGGGCAGCACGGAGAAGGAGUUCUUCUUCAACGAAGACACCAAGGAGUACUUCUUUGACCGGGACCCCGAGGUCUUCAGGUGCAUCCUCAAUUUUUAUAGAACUGGCAAGCUGCACUACCCCAGGUACGAGUGCAUCUCUGCCUACGACGAAGAGCUCGCCUUCUACGGGAUCCUCCCCGAGAUCAUCGGGGACUGCUGCUACGAAGAGUACAAGGACAGGAAGCGGGAGAACGCGGAGCGGCUGAUGGACGACAACGACUCGGAGAACAACCAGGAGGGCUCCAUGCCCUCGCUGAGCUUCCGGCAGACCAUGUGGCGAGCCUUCGAGAACCCCCACACCAGCACCUUAGCCUUAGUCUUUUACUACGUCACCGGGUUCUUCAUCGCCGUCUCUGUGAUCACCAACGUGGUGGAGACCGUGCCCUGCGGCACCGUGCCGGGGAACAAGGAGCUGCCCUGCGGGGAGCGCUACGCCGUGGCUUUCUUCUGCCUGGACACGGCGUGCGUGAUGAUCUUCACCGUCGAGUACCUGCUGAGGCUCUUCGCGGCGCCCAGCCGCUACCGCUUCAUCCGCAGCGUGAUGAGCAUCAUCGACGUGGUGGCCAUCAUGCCCUACUACAUCGGCCUGGUGAUGACCAACAACGAGGACGUCAGCGGCGCCUUCGUCACCCUAAGGGUUUUCAGGGUUUUCAGGAUUUUCAAGUUCUCCCGCCAUUCCCAAGGCCUGAGAAUCUUGGGCUACACUUUGAAGAGCUGUGCCUCCGAGCUUGGCUUUCUCCUCUUUUCCCUCACUAUGGCAAUCAUCAUCUUUGCAACUGUGAUGUUUUAUGCGGAGAAAGGGUCCUCGGCGAGCAAAUUCACCAGUAUUCCUGCUUCCUUUUGGUACACUAUUGUAACCAUGACAACACUGGGCUACGGGGACAUGGUGCCCAAGACCAUCGCGGGGAAGAUCUUUGGCUCCAUCUGCUCGCUGAGCGGGGUGCUGGUCAUCGCCCUGCCCGUGCCCGUCAUCGUCUCCAACUUCAGCCGCAUCUACCACCAGAACCAGCGCGCCGACAAGCGCCGGGCCCAGAAGAAGGCGCGCCUGGCGCGGAUCCGCGUGGCCAAGACGGGCAGCUCCAACGCCUACCUGCACAGCAAGCGCAACGGGCUGCUCAACGAGGCGCUGGAGCUCCCGGGAUCCACCGAGGAGGAGCAGCACAUGACCAAAGGCACCUCCUUAAUCGAGAGCCAACACCACCAUCUGCUGCACUGCCUGGAAAAAACAACCGGAUUGUCCUAUCUUGUGGAUGAUCCCCUGUUAUCUGUACGAACUUCCACCAUCAAGAACCACGAGUUCAUCGACGAGCAGCUGUUCGAGCAGAACUGCAUGGAGAGCUCCAUGCAGAACUACCCCUCGUCCCGGAGCCCCUCUCUGUCCAGCCAGGCCGGGCUCGGCUCGUCGUGCUGCUCGCGGCGCCACAAGAAGAGCGCGCACCUGCCCAACUGCAGCGUGCCCGCCACGCGGCUGCGCAGCAUGCAGGAGCUCAGCACCAUCCACAUCCAGUGCAGCGAGCAGCCCUCCCUCACCACCAGUCGUUCCAGCCUCAACAUGAAGGCGGAUGACGGGCUGAGGCCGAACUGCAAAGGCGCGCAGAUCACCACGGCCAUCAUCAGCAUCCCCACGCCGCCCGCGCUGACGCCCGAGGGCGAGAGCAGAGCCGGCCCGGGCAGCCCGGGGCCCGCCACGAACGUUCCCAACGUCGUCAAGGAAAAGAUUUAGACAAAAGAAGCCACCUGUGAGAGCAGCCCCUGCUCGGCUGUGUGCGUGAGUGUGAGUGUGCAGAGGCACGGAGGGCACGGCCCUGCAGGGAGGUGCCAGCUGUGCCAGCUGUGCCAGCCCGUGCACACACACCCACACACACGCCCCCCUCCCUGGGUGCCACCCCCGAUUUAGACUAUUUUGUACCCACCUUUCCAGUCAAUACAGUGCAAUUGCAA